AUGUCAGACCAGUCCAAGGCACUACAGUCGGUGUGCACCUACAUCGCCAAAGUGACCAAUGAGGUCCGUGGCAGAUUGGAAGCUGGAAAGGUGCCCUCGCCAGAACAAUUGGCCAAUUAUGUGAAGCAGGUGGUUGACCAACUGCAGAAGCUCAUCAAGGGUGCACCAAGAAAUAUCCAGGAUAAAAUGGCAGAGCCUUUCAAAGGUUUCUACGACUUCUGGGGCAAUUCCACCAAGAAACCUCUGUCCGCUCAGAGCUUUUUGGGGAUCCUGGAAGACUUAGAGGAUGCCUUUCCAAUGCCUAGCAAUGGCGGAGGUGAAGAAGCUCCUGAAGCAAAAGGAGCAGCGCGUCAAGAAGCUCCGAAAGGGAAAGGUGGCGCGCCUGCUCCAGCGGCACCGGCAGCACCCGCAGCACCCGCAGCACCGGCGAGCAAAGGUGCUCCAGCUGGCAAAGGUGCAGCCCCAAGCGGCAAAGGCAAGGCGGCCGAGAGCCCUGCUGAGCGACCGGCGCCAGCUCCCGCACCUGUGCCGAGCUCAGUGCUCGACGGCAAGGCUAGGCCUGCCGCUCCAGCUUCCCAUGGGCAACACCUCUUCGAAGCCAAGAAAAAGCAUGCAAGUGAUGAUGGCCCUGCCAUGCGUGCAGAUGCUGCAGCCUUCUUGCCGGGAAAGGGCUACGUCAAGGAGACACCUGAGGUGCCGAAAUCACGGAGGGUCUCUGCGCCAGAGAUGAGUGAGGCGUCCAAGAGGAUGCCGACCUACGAGAAAAAGGACUGGAUCAUUGCCGGCAUCCGGCACAACACAGUGAGCAUUAUCAGUGGCGACACCGGCUGUGGUAAGUCAACCCUGAUCCCUCAGCUUGUUUGCGAUGCUGAGAGCCUUGUCCCCGACGACAAGGUCGUGGUGUGCACCCAGCCACGGCGUGUGGCCGCCAUCACGUUGGCCGAAUACGUCGCCAAGGAUCGUGGCCAGGACACGGCGGUUUCGGGCUUGAUCUAUGCCACCACGGCCAUCGUGCUGAGACGGUUGCACAGCGAGCCCACGCUGGAUAGCAUCGGUUGCCUCAUCAUCGACGAGGUGCACGAGAGAGAUGUUUACACCGACUUUUUGCUGCUGCUCCUGAAGGAGGCGAUGCUGAACGGCCACAUGCCGCAUCUCAAGGUGGUUUUGAUGAGUGCCACGGUGAAAGCUGAAGACUUUGCUAACUACUUUGGGCAAGUGAAUGGCCAGACAGCGUUGAAGCCAGUCAAAAUUCCUGGAAGAAUGUUUCCCGUUGAAGACUUCUACUUUGAGGACGCGUGUGAAUGGGUUUCAUUCUGCCCAGCAGACAAGGGCGCUGGCAAAGGCAAAGGCAAAAAAGGCGGUCGAGAUGAUGGCAGUGUGGAGGACAAGAUUGAGGCAUGCUACCAGGCCAUAAUGAACGUGGACAUUCCUCAAGUGAGGCCGAGCAAAGUUCGGGCCAAUGACUACUCAGACAAGACCUUGAGAGCUUGUGCGCUUUGGAGGGAGUGUGAGGAAUUGGUGUACUACUUCCACAAGACGGAGCCGAAGGGUGAUGGCGCCAUCCUGAUCUUUCUCCCAGGUUGGGGUGACAUCACCAAGACUUUCAUCCGCUUGUACCAAUCAGGCUGCCAAACAUCCAAACCUAAGCAGCUCAAUCUUGGCCGUUCAGGUGAGAACUACAAACUCAUCACCUUACACUCCUUGAUGACGCCAGAGCAACAGCAUGAGGCUUUCGAGCGACCGCCAAAAGGCACCCGAAAGGUGGUGCUCUCCACGAACAUCGCUGAGGCGUCGGUGACCAUCGACGACGUGGUCUACGUCAUCGACACCGGCGUGCGCAAGGAGCGAAGCUACGAUGCAGGCACAGGCAUCUCCAGCUUGGAUGCCAAGAUGGUGACGAAGGCAAAUGCCAUCCAGCGGCGCGGUCGAGCUGGCCGAUGUCAAGAGGGAUUGGUGGUGCACCUCUUUCCCAGCUUCAAAUUCAAAGACUUUGAGCAGUUUCCCAUCCCGCAGAUGCUGUCCUCAUCCAUGGAAGAGGUGGUUUUGCAAUCCAAGGUCAUUCAUGGCGGCAGCAACUCAGAAAUCUCUUCGAUGCUAACGAAUUCAAUGGCAGCGCCUCAGCCAAAGGCAGUUGAUGCGGCAGUGAAGCUCCUGAAGGACAUGAGCUGCCUCACUCGCUCGGGCGAUUUGACCGUUUUGGGAGCGGACCUCGGUUCAAAGCUGACACAUCCUGACACUGAUGGCAGAGCCGUGGCAGCCAUUCCUGUUCAGCCAAAUGCCGGGCAACCAAUCGGCGCUGGACACACCACAGACACUGACACUGAAGAGGAACUGAUUGAGGCCUUCAAGGUCUUCGAUCGCGAUGGCAACGGCUUCAUCAGUGCUGCAGAGUUGCGCCACGUGAUGACCAACCUUGGAGAGAAGCUUACUGAUGAGGAAGUCGAUGAGAUGAUCCGCGAAGCCGAUGUGGAUGGCGACGGUCAGAUCAACUAUGAGGAGUUUGUGAAGAUGAUGAUGGCCAAAUGA